AGUGUCAAAUAGUCGGCCGGCUGUCAAAUAAAUGUCAAAUUGUCUCAAUAGUGGCGGGUUUUAGAUGCGCUUCUUCAGAUUUUUAUUUUCUAAAUAAAAUGGAAGAAUUAUACAAGAAAGUGCCUUGUAGAGAAAGCCAGUUAAAUGACUUAUUAAAUUUACUGGGCGAUUACGAUGAACCGUUACCGUAUUCUUUGUUUCUAAGUGGCAGCAUGGCCACGGGAAAAAGUUUGUGUAUAGAGUCUGUUUUGAAAUACUUGGGGUAUAAACAUGUUAUUGUGGAUUGUAUAGAGUGCUAUUCACCGAAACUUAUGUACGAAUCCAUUCUGACUGAACUUGGAAGUGACCUUGAGAUCAAGUCUGAUACGAUGUUAGACUUAACUAAUGCAUUAAAUCGAAUAGGUAAUAGUGCUGUUCGGUACGAACCUAUGGUGGUAGUGUUCGAUAGAGCCGAGAGGCUCCGAACUAUGGACCAAAGCGUGAUGUGCGCUUUUCUGAGACUCCGAGAAUUGUGUAAUUUGAAUAUUUGUACAAUUUUUAUCACCCACCUUGUUUACGACAAUUUUUAUUUCAAAAUGGGCGUUCGAGAACCUAUAAAGAUUUUCUUUCCCAAUUACAACAAGGAUGAACUAUUUAAAAUUAUAUUUUUACAUCACAAAUCAUUUGUUCGACAUGUGCAGAGCAAUCAUGAUAUAGAUAUUGAGAUAAAAGAAGAACUUGAGAAACCAGAGUUAUUUGCCAACUUUCUUAAUGCAUUUCUCAGCGUGUUCUAUCGACCGUGUCGUGAUUUAAUUGAAUUACAGAAUAUGGCGCGCGUAAACUUCGUGAAAUACUGCGAGCCAAUCAUUAAGUGUGAAAUACAAGCACAGGACUUGUCUAAACUAUGGCGACACAUAUCACCUAUAUUGAAAACUAGUUUGGAGUUAUUGUAUUUACGUAUAAGUGCCUCAAAGUCGAGCAACCCUUCACCUGGCAAGGAGAAUGCUGAACAUGAAUCCCAGUGCUAUAAUUUUGAGCAUACACUGAAAGAUGAGCUUACAUCGACAAAAACUUUUGCACAGAGCUUCGAAUUGCCAUAUUAUGCAAAAUUUCUAUUAAUAGCCGCAUAUCUGGCAAGCUACAACCCACCAAAGGAAGAUAAGAGGUUAUUUAUGAAGAACCAUGGCAAGCAAAGGAAACGAUUGCAACAGGUCAAAGCUAAAGCCAAAAUAAGUGAGAAACUGAACACUCAACUGGGCCCCAAGGUGUUCACAUUAGAUCGCUUGCUAGCUAUAUUCUAUGCAAUCUUAGAGGAGAAGAUUGGGCUGACGAGUAAUUUGUUAGCACAGAUCGCUACUUUAGUAGAACUCAAAUUGAUAGCUGGCAGCAAAGAAAUAGACUUGGACGUUUCAAAAUACAAAUGUAUAGUUGGCUAUGACUUCAUAUCAGCAGUUGCCCAAACAGUUGGUUUCAAUGUUAGGAAAUAUUUGUAUGAUUUUAUAUAACAUUUAUAAAAUUGUUUUUUUUAAUAAUUUAAGAAUUAAUGUAUACUUUAUUUAUUGUAUUUUGAAUUUUAGUAAAAACAAUUAAACUCAUAAGAUAGUUUUUUUAAAUUGUCAUUUGACAUCUGCCUGUACUCUUGUUCUACGCUAGAGUAGUAUCAAUGAGAGAUGAGGCAGGCAGGUCUAGCAAAACCACAAACAUCUUUAAACUACAAAUCUGUAACAGUCGCUAGGAAUUAACCACAAUAAAUUCCAUUCCAUGUAAAAGUCAUCCUGAGGGGC